UACGUGACUGACAGACUGAGGCACGAUUGGCGGGUCAUAAAAAAUGUAGUAUUUGACUCGGAUUCCGUACACCGACGGAGACACCUCCCCCGACGGUGUCGUCAUGUUCAUUUCUUGAAGCAAACGACGACUUCAACAAUCAACCCAAAUCCCAACAAAUCCAUUUACUAAAUUAUUGUUGCUUCAGAUCUCUCCUUCUUCGCUGCGAUUAGUUAGGGUUUCAUUAUCUUCUGUCUCUUACAUAUGCACCAUUACCAUUACCAUUACCCCUACCGACACUUGUACAGAUUUAUACUAGUGUGCGUUGGUCGAUGAACUAAUUGGAUCAUGCAUCGUGAUCUGAUUUGAAUUCUUGUUUCUUACUGAUCUCUUCACUUCCUAAUCUCUCCCGCCAAAAUGGUUGUUUCUGGACCUUUAACACCUGGCCAGGUUUCCUUCUUGCUUGCAAUCAUUCCUAUUUUUGUUGCUUGGAUAUAUUCUGAGUGGUUGGAAUACAAAAAAUUAUCAUCUGCAUCUAAAGUUCACUCAGACAACAAUUUGGUUGAAUUGGAGACCAACACAAAGGAGGAAGAUGACCGAGCUGCUUUGUUGGAAGGAGGUGUCACAAGAUCAUCAUCAUCAUUGAAACAGCCUGUUACAGCCAUUAAAUCUAACUUAAUUAGAUUUCUGACAAUGGAGGAUUGUUUUUUGCUGGAGAAUCGAGCAACCUUGAGAGCAAUGUCAGAAUUUGGAGGAAUUUUGUUCUAUUUCUAUAUAUGUGAUCGCACCAAUUUGAUUGCAGAAUCUACCAAGAGCUACAAUCGCGAUCUUUUCCUCUUCCUAUACAUUCUUCUUAUCAUAGUUUCAGCAAUGACUUCUUUAAAGAAACAUAGUGACAAGUCAGCAUUCUCUGGAAAAUCAAUAUUAUACCUCAAUCGGCAUCAGACAGAGGAAUGGAAAGGAUGGAUGCAGGUUCUCUUUCUGAUGUAUCAUUACUUUGCUGCUACAGAGAUAUAUAAUGCUAUUCGUGUGUUUAUUGCUGCAUAUGUCUGGAUGACUGGUUUUGGAAACUUCUCAUAUUACUACAUCCGCAAAGAUUUCAGUAUCGCACGCUUUGCUCAGAUGAUGUGGAGGCUAAACUUUUUUGUGGCCUUUUGUUGCAUUGUACUUGACAAUGAUUAUAUGCUCUACUACAUCUGUCCAAUGCACACACUUUUUACUCUUAUGGUGUAUGGAGCACUUGCUAUUGGUAGCAAAUAUAAUGAGAUAAAAUCAGUGAUGAUUACAAAGAUCUUUUCAUGCUUUCUUGUGGUUAUCUUGGUUUGGGAGAUUCCAGGAAUUUUUGAAUUCAUCUGGAGCCCAUUGACAUUCCUAUUAGGGUAUAAUGAUCCUGCAAAACCGAAUCUCCCUCGAUUACAUGAGUGGCAUUUCAGAUCUGGGCUUGAUCGAUAUAUAUGGAUCAUUGGAAUGAUAUAUGCAUAUCUUCAUCCUAAUGUUGAAAAGUGGAUGGAAAAACUUGAGGAGUCUGAUAGUAAGCGGAGACGUUCUGUUAAAGCAACCAUUGUUUCAGUGUCUGUUUUGGCUGGAUAUAUGUGGUAUGAAUACAUAUACAAAUUGGACAAAGUUACAUACAACAAAUAUCAUCCCUACACAUCAUGGAUACCUAUAACUGUGUACAUUUGCCUGCGAAAUUUCACUCAACAUCUUAGGAAUUUCUCAUUAACCCUCUUUGCGUGGCUUGGGAAGAUUACAUUGGAGACGUAUAUAUCCCAAUUCCAUAUCUGGCUAAGAUCAGAUAUUCCCAAUGGACAACCAAAGUGGCUUCUAUCUUUCAUCCCAAAUUAUCCUAUGCUCAAUUAUAUGCUUACAACUGCAGUAUAUGUUUUGAUAUCUUGCAGGCUUUUUGAAUUAACAAACACACUAAAAUCAGUUUUUAUACCUACCAAAAAUGAUCGACAACUUCUCUCUAAUUUUCUUGCUGGAGCUGCAAUUUCCACAUGUUUAUACUUAAUUGCUUCACUUGUUGUUCAGAUUCCUCAGUAACCGGAUCUUACAUACAUGAAACAUGAAACAUACAUACAAACAUAUGUAGAUCAUCUUGAAACAAAUAUACAUCUUCAUUUUUCAUACAAGGUACAAGGAAAUCCACACCAUUGUUGUCUAGUUUUACAAAAGAUGACCAUGACACCAAGUCUAGUUCUCAUCAACCCUUAUAUCCAUACAUGUAAACAUAUGUAACCUAGAUCUGUUCUUUGUGUUUGUGUUGGUUGUAAUCAUUAAUCUACGCAAUUACAUUCUUUAAGAAUGUAAAUCAUCCAUGCUCACUUUUCUAUUAGACAUUAAAUCUCAUUUACUUGAUGCU